AUGGUGCAAAUGGCCAGUUCUCCGUUCCUCAUCACUUCGCUCUUCACCAGCGAUUUAUGUUGCAUUAUUGCCAUUCCGCUGUUGAUAUACUGGAUGCAAAGGAUUUGGAACAUGAAGCUCAUGCACUUCAACACGAGACUUCUUCUCUGCUUCCACCUGUUUUGGAUGCUGGUUCACGUGAUUGGA